AUAUUGUUCUAAUCCGGUUGAAUAGCCAAGAAAAUGUCUUCCAAUAUCACAAUUUUGCUUGUUAUUUUUGCCCUCCUAUGUGAUGUUAUGGCUUCCGAUCCUGACCCGAUUCAAGACUACUGCAUACCGAACCCGAAAUUUGGUGCCAUAAGAACACCUCUUCACACCAUCCUCCCAUGCAAGAACUCGUCCGAGGCCACCACCGAUGACUUCAUCUUCUCUGGGAUGAAGGUGGCCGGAAACUUCAGCGACAUGGGUAUCGCAGCCAUCGCAGUGAACCCAACAGUCUUCCCGGGGAUCAACACGCUCGGGAUGUCAUUCGUACGAGCUGACCUCAUAGUUGGUGGAAUCAAUCCACCACAUUUCCACCCUAGAGCCACAGAGAUAUCCCACGUAGUGAAGGGGAGUGUUUAUUCAGGGUUCGUUGAUUCAACCAAUAGGGUUUUUGCUAGGGUUAUUGAGCAAGGGGAGGUCAUGGUGUUCCCUAGGGGUCUAGUGCACUUCCAAAUGAAUGUUGGCAAGAAGCCUGCUACAAUUUUUGGUAGCUUCAACAGCCAAAACCCAGGAAGUCAAAGGAUCCCCUCUGCCAUUUUCGGGUCGGGGAUAAACGAUGAGCUCUUGGAGAAGGCAUUUGGAUUGAGUCCUAAGCAGAUUGGAACGAUGAGAAGAAGAUUUGAUCCAAAAAGUAUGAGUUAGAAAGCGGGAUUGAAGGGGCAAUUGCUUUAGUUGAGUUGUGUUCUACGUUGAUUUGCCCUAUAACUGUGGAGGAGCGUUGUUAGUUAUUGUAUCUUGUAUCAAUACGGUACUUCAAUCUUAUUGUUUCUUGUAUCGAUACAGUACUUAAAUGAAAUUUCUGGUGCAAGAAGUUUGUAGUUCAA